AUGUCACUUGACGUUUCGCUUUUACUCGGCCAACUUACACUUUUUUAUCAUACAUAGCAGUAGUAAGUGUGUUACUGUUUCUCUUUCUCAGUUUAUUUUCGUCCUACGUGGUAUUUACUUUCUACGGUAAUUUAAUUAAUAUUAAUAAAGAAUGUCUGGAAAAGCAAAUAAAGCAUUUACAAAAGAAGAGGAAUUGUUGUUACAAGAUUUUAGUCGAAAUGUUUCAACUAAAUCUUCAGCACUGUUCUAUGGGAAUGCUUUCAUCGUUUCUGCAAUUCCUAUAUGGUUGUUCUGGAGAGUGCACGCUUUGGAAGUAACCACAUCUUUAGUUUGGUUCGUCCUGGUAACGGGAGCUAGUACGUGGCUUCUGGCUUUGGCAUACCGAAACACUAAAUUCCAGUUGAAACACAGAGUGGCAGUACGUCGAGAAGAUGCGGUGGCCCGCGAGAUGGCCCGGAAACUUGCUGACGAUAAAAAAAUGAGCCGCAAGGAGAAGGAUGAGAGGAUUUUAUGGAAGAAGAAUGAGGUAGCCGAUUAUGAGGCCACUACCUACUCCAUCUUCUACAACAAUGCCCUUUACUUGACAAUUGUGAUCCUGAGCAGCUUCUACUUGCUUCGCUCUUUCACACCUACUGUAAACUACAUUUUCUCACUCACUGUUGCAUCUGGACUCCUGGCGUUGCUUUCCACUGGUACCAAGUGAAAAUAACAUUGACAUUUUAAAGAGUGUGUGUGCAUCUGAUGCUGAAAUGUAAAGAACACUUGGGGUGUUCUUAGUGUCGUGAUCUAGAACACCUAGCAUAUGUGUAUUUAUAUGCUUAUUGAUUAAACUUUGUUAGAAUACAUUUUUAAGAAUAUAUAAUAAUUUAAUAAAAGAAACAAGUGUUAAA